GAGAGCCAAGGACACAUGGCACCCAUCACAAGUCAAGACUCCAGGCCCCAGGAGGCCACCAACCCCCGCCCUCUGGGGCCGGGCUCCAAGGAAGAGCAGGCGGAGUUCCCAAGCCCCACCCCUGCCCCCUCCCGCCCUAAAUUCAGGCGCUGGGGCUGUGGGGCGCUCACACCGCCUUCCCUCUGCACUGGGACCUGCAGCCCCCGGAGCCUCAGGAUGGUGCGUGCUAAGAACUGGACCCUGAAGAAGCACUUCCAUGGCCACCCCACGGAUAGCGACUUUGAGCUGAAGACAGUGGAGCUCCCACCCUUAAACAAUGGAGAGGUCCUGCUGGAAGCUCUGUUCCUCUCCGUGGAUCCUUACAUGAGGUUGGGAUCCAAAAGACUGAAGGAGGGAGACACAAUGAUGGGGCAGCAAGUGGCCAGAGUUGUGGAAAGUAAAAACCCAGCAUGGCCGGUCGGGACCCUCGUCCUGGCUCAUUCAGGCUGGGCAUCGCACUCCAUUUCCAACGGACAACAACUGGAGAAGCUGCUUACAGAGUGGCCAGACACCUUGCCACUGUCCUUGGCCCUGGGGACAGUCGGCAUGCCAGGCAUAACUGCCUACUUUGGUCUCCUUGAAAUCUGCGGUGCAAAGAGUGGAGACACAGUGCUGGUGAAUGCAGCAGCCGGAGCCGUGGGCGCAGUCGUGGGGCAGAUCGCUAAGAUCAAGGGCUGCAGAGUCGUGGGAGCAGCAGGGUCUGAGGAAAAGGUCGACUACCUUAAGAAGAUCGGAUUUGAUUUUGCCUUUAACUACAAGACGGUGAAGUCCCUGGAAGAAACUUUGAAAAAAGCCGCUCCUGAUGGUUACGAUUGUUAUUUUGAUAAUGUAGGUGGAGAGUUCUCCAAUACUGUUAUCCGCCAGAUGAAGAAAUUUGGGAGAGUUGCAAUAUGUGGGGCCAUUUCUAUGUAUAACAGUACCGGCCAGCUUCCACCAGGCCCAUCCCCGGAGAGCGUGAUCUACCAGGAAAUCCGCAUGGAAGGGUUCAUCUUCAACCGCUGGAAGGGAGAAGUGCGCCAGAAGGCGCUGAAGGAGCUGCUGACGUGGGUUCUAGAGGGGAAAAUCCAGUAUCGUGAAUUCGUCAUUGAAGGCUUUGAAAACAUGCCUGCUGCGUUUAUGAGAAUGCUGAAAGGAGAGAAUGUGGGGAAAGCCGUAGUGAAAGUCUAAAGAGUGGCACCUGCAAGCAGGAGAUCAUCCUCAUGACUUGAUUUUUCCCAUCACUUAGUAAAAGUAGACCCUGCCUCAAUCAUCUAGGAAACAGCACCUGCAAGGAGUUAGAUGUCAUAAAAUCCAUUGAAAUGCAUGCGGGGGGGGGGGGGGUUGGUCUACAAGUUGAGAUGCCUGGGCUUCUGCUCCUGACUCCACCUUCCUGCUAAUGUGCAUCUGGGGAGGCAGCAGGUGAUGGCUCAAGUAAUUGAGUUCCUGCCACCCACAUGGGAGGCCUUGUGUUUGUGCUUGGCUCCUAGCUUUGGCCAGGCCCAGCCCAACCUGGGCCACUGCAUGCAUUUGAAAAGUGAACCAGCAGGUGGGAAUUCUCUCUCCCCUCUUUCUCUGCCUCUCAAAUAAAAUUUCUAUAAGCAAA